AUGGCUUUGGUGGAGACUCAACCGGUUGACAAGCCUAUACCAUCAAAGAUCGGUAUAAUUUACCCCCCUCCGGAGGUAAGGAAUAUAGUGGACAAGACCGCCAGCUUUGUAGCUCGUAAUGGUCCGGAUUUCGAGUCACGUAUUCGUCAGAACGAGAUCAAUAACCCGAAAUUCAACUUCCUGAAUCCUCCAGACCCUUACCAUGCGUAUUACCAACACAAAGUACGGGAAUUUACUGAGGGCAAAAUAUCCGAACCAAUGGCGCUGAAAUUAAUCACUCCGAGUGCAGCUCGUCUUGGACAAGAUACACCUAAAUCAAUCCAAGAGACGUUUAUUCCAAAGGACCCACCGCCGGAAUUCGAAUUCGUCUACGAUCCGCCGUCAAUCAACGCAGUUGACAUCGAAAUCAUAAAGCUAACUGCUCAGUUCGUCGCCAGAAAUGGUCGUCAGUUUCUCACCCAGCUGAUGAACCGCGAACAGAGAAACUACCAAUUCGAUUUUCUGCGUUCUCAGCAUAGUAUGUUUGGCUAUUUCACAAAGCUUGUUGAACAGUACACAAAAAUACUUAUUCCGCCCAAAGAUGUUAUCACAAAACUAGAGGAAGAGUUAAGUAAUCCAAAGCGUUUGUUAGAUGAUGUGAAGUACCGAGUAGAGUGGCAAAAAUACCAGGAACGUCAACGUAAACGAGAAGAGGAAGCGGCAGAAAGGGAACGUGUGGCUUAUGCGUUGAUCGAUUGGCAUGAUUUUGUGGUGGUCGAAACGGUGGAUUUCCAACCCAACGAAACCGGGAACUUCCCGGUUCCCACUACUCCCGAUGAGGUGGGUGCUCGUAUGUUAGCCGAGGAACGAGGUAUGCAAGCUCCUCCUAAAUCCGUUGUCCCGCCUCCUCCAGGCUCUCUUGGUCUCAUGCCUACCGAUAUUGAUGACGAGGACGCUGAGGAUGCGUCUGACGAGGACCUUGAUGAAUCAGAACCGGAAACAGAGGCGCUACCACCACCGCCAUCUUACGAAGCCCCUCCAAGACCAAAAUCACCCAUCCAUUUAGGUGAUGGAGAUGACAUGGAGUUGUCUGACGAUGAGGGAACACAAGACACGGAACCUAGUCAAACAGGACCCUCGAAACAGCCCACUAAACAUUUGCCUCCAACAACGGAUCAGGUGAUUAUUCGUCAUGAUUAUGACCCGAAAGCAGUUAGAAUGACAAAACGCGACGAUUCUGUGCUGUUAGUCUCUCCAUUCACAGGAGAGAAGAUUCCUGCGCAUCAAGCACCAAAACAUAUUCGGGUUGGUUUGCUUGAUCCCAAAUGGGUGGAACAACGUGAUCGCGAGAUCCGUGAGAAGAAAGAACAGGAGCAAGUUUACGCUGCUGGUAAUCUAAUUGACAACAGCCUAAAACAACUGGCUGAACGGCGUACAGAUAUAUUCGGUGUAGGGGUUGAUGAGAUCCAGAUAGGCAAGAAGUUGGGUGAACAGGAGGUUGCCAAACCAGAUAAAUUGAUCUGGGAUGGAUACUCAGCCACCACUGACCUAAUAGUUAAACGAACAAUGGAGGCUGUUACUUCAAAGGACAAACAAGACCUUUUGGAGUUUCAAAAGCAACUGGAUGCUGCACGUGAUAAGAUCGGGCCUCAGUCUGGUACUGCAUCUACAAACAGUUCUGUCUCCGUAACACAAUCAGCGUUCCCUCCCGGGAUGAUUAAACCGGGAAUGAUAAUUAAUCCACCGCAAACAGUGGGCGGAAAACAUUCUAUGCCACCUCCACCCCCUCCACCAGGUUUGAUGAUGAUGACCAAUGCCCCACCACCAUUACCACCGAAUUUGUUCCCCCCAGGAAUGCCGCCUCCUCCCGGUUUGGGGAUUCCGAGUUUCAUGCCACCCCCUCCUCCACCCCCAAAUGUACCGCCACCACCACCACCACCACCCCCGUCGACAACCACUUUGGCUGAGGGUGAACCCGAACCAAAGCGGGCAAAAGAAUAA